AUGCUCACCGUUCAUGACCCAGAGAAAGCGCUGGCCAGUCUAGCCAGUCCUCUGUUGGCCGCGGAUAUACUGUACCUGGCAAGAGAGCCUGAUGUCCAAACGGUGAAGCUGACCGCUGGCCUUCACCGCCAAACAUGGGUCAAUGGCGCCUUGAUCUUUAUUGACGUCCACGUGGCGAACAACACGGCAAAAUCGGUCAAGAAAAUCGAGGUUCAAUUGGAGAAGACAACAUUGUGGUAUACGCAUGCUCCAGCUGGAACCGCAGAGAAGAGCGCAAAUUACCUCCGUCUUCCGAAACGGACAGACGCCGAGGUGGUGAGUGGCACCACACUGAAGAAGUCAAACACUUGGAAAGGAGUACCCUCUCAUUCUUCAGACGUUCGCACCAUCGAGCUGGAAGCACCGCGGGGACAUGUUACAAUCAGCACUGGGAGGUAUUUCGAAGUUCGAUAUUUCGUCAACGUCGUUGUGACGGUGAAAAUGUUCAAGACAGUGGCCGUCCAGCUCCCUGUAACAAUCAUACCGAUCAACUCAUUGGACAUUUUACCCAAUUCCCUCGCGCAGGUCGCCGCUUCGAUCGAAGCCAAGAGGUCUAAAACAGUCCCGGCACCGCCUCCUGGUCCUAGCCAUGCAGCACACCACCAGGGCCAAGCUUUUGCAGCUCCAAUCCGACAGUCGGCCGAAUAUGCGAGACAAGAAAGAUCACUGGCCCAGAAUGACUUGGAAAGCCUAGCAGAUGACAUUGACAGGUCUCCUCGGCGACUAGCGCAUAUCCACAAGCAUUGCAGAGGAGGUCUUUCUGGUACAACCACAGACGAGAAUGUCGCUCCUGGACGCCCAAGCGUGGCAUCGUCAUCACACCACCAUCUCCACAGACAUGCGAGCUGUUACCACUGUCAGAUCACGGCCGAGAAUUGCUCGCCAGCCAAACCAGGGGGUCCCCGCUUGCCCCGACUCCAAGUCUCGACGUCUGGGCUAGGAUUUUCAGAGUCAGAGUUUGAGAUACCUCCUGAUUCGCCACCUCGAAAAGUCAUGCUGAGUGAGCAGGAGCGAGGCAUGAUCAAUCGCCAGAAAGAGCUCCAGAGUCGACAACAACGGAUUCAGGGGAUGCCAAAGAAAGCGAAUAGGGACAUGAGACGAGACGUCGACGUCCGCGCAUCGAAGGAUCAGCUCAGCUAUACCAACGUUGUGGCGGAUCCAGCAGCUGGUCCAAAACAAAGUGAGUUUGGAAAUCUCAGCCCUGGAGUCAGGAAAAAGGGCGAGGGCCCGGCAUUUCCCAGGCCGCCAGUAACAUCCAACGGAUCUGCUGUCACCAGAUCAAGGUCCAAGACGAACCCCGAGGGAUCGAGAUAUCGACCUAGUAUCAGCAAACCUCGGCGCAAAUCAAGCACAGAUAGGCACGACCGUAUUCGAGCUUCGGUCGACGGGCCAGUAUUCUCAGCUAUCCCUCGCAAAUUUAGCAAGGACCUGACACAGCGGGGGAGCUUGGAUCACUUGUUCUGA